AUGGAUAGAGGCGCUUCAAAAUGAAGUGUAGUUACAGCUACAUCGCGGGUAUGUCCGCUCUCAGGCUUCUCUCUGCUACAAAUAUGUUCUUUCUCGAAUAAAAAUAAAAAACGUAUUAUCGGUAGUUCAAUUAUUAUUGAACUAUGGUGAUCUAAGUAGCGUAAGAACCAAUCAUAAUAAAGAAUUUUACAACAAUCGCAAAGAUACUCUUUCUGCUGAACGCAACCAAUUACUAUCCAUUUGCAUUUGCUAGUAAAUCCGACAAUAUGGCGUUUACGUUAUGGGCACUUUAUGAAGCAACUCUGUUAUGCUUGAAUGCAAUUUGUAUUUUGAACGAGGAAAGAUUCCUUGCCAAAGUUGGCUGGGCAUCGUGGCAAAAUGUACAAGGAUUUGGAGAACCUCCGACAGUUAAAUCACAAUUAUUGAACCUUAUUAAGUCAAUACGAACUGUGAUGAGAAUCCCUUUGAUAGGCUUGAACAUUGUGACGAUACUUUUGAAGUUAGUGCUUGGCUGAUAAAUAAGUAUGCAAGUGUACGAAUGGGAUGUGCUAUAUCCAACUUGGUUUGAAGAUGAUAUGUAGAUAAGAAAAUUAUUAAAUUAUAUUUUUACUUUUACAACUAAUUUUUACUUUAUUAUAUAACUUUGUAUAAUUUAUAUACAUUCAUAUAUUCGUUAUAUAAUUUACCUGAGUUGAUUUUGAGAUGAGUAUAUAAUGAAAAUAAUAAUUCAUAUAUUUUUUUAUAUUUAGAUUAAUUAUAACAAUAUUUUAUGAUCUUAGUAUAAUUGUAUAGAUUAUUCAAAUUUUAUUGUGAUUAUCAAGUUACCGAGAAGAUAAGUUUUUUAUGAAUAUAUAUAAAUAUUUUGAAUUAC